ACGAUCACUCCAGGCGCAGUGUGCCGUGCUACUGACUGCGCUGCACCCCCAUCAUCAUACCUGCCGAAGACACUGGAACCCGGUGUCUGCGGCACACACCUGCCAGCGGAACGAGCACACUGGGAUAAAACAGCCAGCUAAGCUGAUAUUUCUAACUUAAAUAAGUGGGGAAAGGCACCGGAAGAAAAUUAAAAGCAGCCACCUGCUCUCGGCUCGCAUUAAAUGUGCGGCUCUCACGCAACAGCUAGCAGAUGAAGUUAGCUAGCUAACGUGUGGGUGCUUGUAGUUAUGGCUUUAGCUAUGAAAAUCUUCUGUUUGCCUUUACGUUGUAGCUAGUUCAGCGUAGAUUAAUUAAACGUUUACAUUUUGGCGCAUGUGCGGCAAGUUACCGUCACUGAUCCAACGUUAACCUAGCUGACGCUAGCCAACUAGCUAAGGUUAGCGUCGGAUUACCGUAUUGACUUUCAUAAUUUGAUGUUCUGCUCUUCGUGUUGUAAAUCAGAUAGUGUUAAUUUAAACAGAGUCAGAGGUGAAGCCGGUGUUGAAUUGAAGACAGAAGUUAGAUCAAAUUUAUUCAGGCUAACAGUCCUGGCUGAUAAAAGCUAAACUGACAGGAAACCUCAAGUUAGUGCAGGUAUCGUCUAGCCUACAACACAGUGUUUGCCUGUUAGUUACAAUACAAAGUUACAUGUGCUAAUCACAGAUAACUUACCUUUCCAGUAAUUUCUACGUCAUAGGUUAGGUGAAUAGGUUUAUUUAAACGCAGUAUCUUAUCAUCUGUAGCCCGGAGUAAAGUGUCGCUCACUCCCAGUGCAUAGUUUAUCCUCAAGUAAACAUGGCUCCUAAAAAGAGACCAAUGCCCUUAAACAUUCCUCCUACUGGUGAUGGAUUAUCCACCUCCACCAAUACAGAAGUUGCAUCUGAGGCCAAUUUAGAAGCACUGAAGAAAAUCCUGGAAGAGCUGGACCUGGAUGAACAACAGAAGAAAAGGCUAGAAGCCUUCCUUACUCAGAAGGCCAAGGUUGGCGAGCUGAAAGAUGACGACUUCCACCGUAUCUGUGAGCUGGGUGCAGGCAAUGGAGGAGUGGUCAACAAGGAGUGCCACAAACCUUCAGGCAUAAUCAUGGCCAGAAAACUUAUACAUUUAGAAAUAAAACCUGCAAUAAGAAAUCAGAUCAUCCGAGAGCUUCAGGUACUACACGAGUGUAACUCUCCCUACAUUGUGGGCUUCUACGGAGCUUUUUACAGUGAUGGAGAGAUCAGCAUCUGCAUGGAACACAUGGAUGGUGGCUCUCUGGACCAGGUGCUGAAAGAAGCAAAGAGGAUCCCUGAAGAGAUUCUGGGCAAAGUCAGCAUUGCUGUUUUGAGAGGCCUUGCCUACCUAAGAGAAAAACAUCAAAUCAUGCAUAGAGAUGUGAAGCCCUCAAACAUACUGGUGAAUUCACGUGGUGAAAUCAAGCUGUGUGACUUUGGUGUGAGCGGGCAGCUUAUAGACUCCAUGGCCAAUUCCUUCGUUGGGACGAGAUCCUACAUGUCGCCUGAGAGAUUGCAGGGGACUCACUACUCUGUGCAGUCUGAUGUGUGGAGCAUGGGCUUGUCCCUUGUAGAGCUGUCAAUUGGACGCUAUCCCAUCCCCCCUCCAGAUGCUAAAGAGCUGGAGGCCAUAUUUGGACGGCCAAUCUUGGAUGAUACCGAGGGAGGGACACACAGUACGUCCCCUAGACCCAGACCACCGGGUAGACCUGUCAGUGGCCACAGUCCAGUAAUGGCUAUCUUUGAACUACUAGACUACAUAGUCAAUGAGCCACCACCUAAGCUACCCCAUGGUGUAUUCCACCCUGAUUUUCAGGAUUUUGUGACAAAGUGUCUCAUCAAAAAUCCCGCAGACAGGGCUGACUUAAAAAUGUUAAUGAACCACACUUUUAUCAAGCGGUCUGAAGCAGAGGAGGUGGAUUUUGCUGGGUGGCUUUGUAAAACGAUGGGACUGAACCAACCUAGCACUCCCACACGCACUGCGGACUGAGCUACGUAUAUUCACUCAGACAUUAAGUAAAAACAUGGAGAAGCUGCUGCCUAAGACCAUACUCUCAUAUUCUGUAUACCCCUUGUUUUCCGCAUCCUCCCUCAGGCGGACCUGUCAACGCUUCAUCUUAAAAUCAACUCUAUUGAUAUUUUAUCCUGAAAAUCACCUUCCAGGAUGGAUACUUUAACUACACAGAAAUGGUUGUUGGCAGUGUUGACAACAUAGAUUAUUGCAGAUUUAUUCAGUUCAGGAUUUGGGCCUUUUAGCCACAUAUCUAGGCCACUGCUGCUGCUUUUUUUUUGGGGGGGGGGUUGGUGUAGCUUUCUGAAAUCCAGUAGAUAGUACACGUACUGUAUAAAACUGGGAAAGAUAUCCCUGGAAAACUACGUAAAACAUAUCAAAUAUUUGUAAUUUCUUUUUCCCCCCAAUGCAGCUUUCCAGUUUUCUUGUCUGAAAUUUUCUCAAGUGCUCAAGUUUUCACACAUGCACUCUAGAAAAUGUCGAAAUAAUGGAUACUCUCCCAGCUACUCUGUAUGGUGUAGGCGAGUGGUGGCGCCAAAGUAGAGCAUACAGGAGAGAAGGACACACAAUGAAAUAUUACAUACUGUUCUAUAUCAGGAUUGUACUGGAGACCUAGCAGGCUAAAGACUAUUUAAUGAUGGAUCCUUCUUACAUACAGCUCCACUGGGUAAUGUUUAGUUAAGGGCUGCAGUGUAUGUUUGAAAACAGCGUUACAGUACAAGUAUGUCAAUCCCAGUUAUUACAAUCAUGGUCAGGCUGUAUCUUUGUGUCUACAGAAAAAUAUACAUAUAUGAAUUGUUUUUAUGUCUGUUAUGCAAAUACACUGAGAAAUGUAAGAAUGAGCUUAUUUUACUGAAUAGGUUGUGUGUCUACAUUAUAAAGAGAUGUUUCUGAAGUUUCCUGCUUUUCUUAACGAGGCAGAUUUCUACAAAUUUUGAAAUGUCUUGAGGUGAAGCACAAUGUUGAAUGCAUUAUAGCAUGACCCUCAUGUCAAAGCCAAAAAUAAUAAUUAAAAAAAAUGUUUUUACAAA